CCAAAGAACCAAGAUUUAACAGCAAUAUCAGUGUCAAAGGAAGAGUUUUGCAGUUACAAGACAACAACUGGUGUUACAGGCAAGUUUCUCAACCUUCCCUCAUGUUUGAAUCUUUGUUAUCCUGUUUCUUAUGCUAAAAGAAGACCAGCGAAUCUAAAUCAGUAAAACCUCAAAUAAUGGCAUCCCCUAUUAUCCAAACUCUAGUAUCAUUGUCUCUCAAUAAAUCACCCCGUUUCCAGAAACCCAUUUCUAGUUAUUCCAUCUUUGUUGUUUUCUUCUCAUCUUCUGCCAACCAGGAAUCAAGACCUUCCUUUUCUUUAGUUGAUCACUUCAUUCAAAAACACAACUUCUCCCCUGAAAUUGCCGUCAAAACUGCAUCUUCCUUAACCCUUGUAAAGGAUCCUCGUAACUGUGAUAAUAUAAUUUCUUUCUUAAAAGAAAGUGGUUUCUCAAAACCCCAUAUCGAAUAAAUGCUCAAAAGGAAGCCUAACCUUCUAUCUUCUAGUCUUGAGAAAACCAUUAAAACCGAGUUCAAGAUUUUCCGAGAUUUAGGAUUUUCGACCGAUGAUGUCGCUGAUAUUGUAGCUGGCGAUCCCUGGAUUUUGACUAGAAGCGUGGAUGAUAGAAUAGCCCCUUCAAUUUUGGAUCUAGAGAGUGUUCUAGGAUCGAAAGCCGACAUUGUUAAGCUACUGAAAACUUCAGCUUGGUUUCUGAAAUGUGAUUUGCAGAAGACGAUUAUGCCUAAUAUAGAGUACUUGAGAAGUUGCGGGAUUAGUUUGUCGCAAAUUGUUUUCUAUCUGUUUAGCUAUCCUACAUUUUUCUUGCAUAAAGCUGAGAGCAUUAAGCAGUUUGUUAAAAGGUCGAAUGACAUGGGAGUCGAUAGGAAGUCGAAUAUGUUUUUCGUUGCUAUUAGGACCUUGAGUUCAAUGAGUGAAGAGAAAUGGGAACAGAAGUUGGGUUUCUCUGAAGAUGAUAUCUUGUCUACUUUUAGGAGGACACCACAUGUGUUUAAUGUGUCAGAAGGGAAGAUCAAGGAAAUCACUGACUUUUUACUUACCAGAAAAAAUGUAGGCAUUUCGCUUAUAACAAGCAACCCACUGGUGCUUAGUUAUAGCCCUGAGCACAGGCUGAAGCCUCGACUACUGGUUAUUUAGAUUCUGGAAAGUAAGAAUUUGCUAAGAAGGAAAGCUAGCCUGACUACAAUUUGUAAGAUGUCUGAAAAGAAGUUCAAAGAGAAGUAUGUUAGUCCUUAAUUAAACGAACUUGAGAAUGUAUCAAUGGCUAUUGCAGGGACAUAAUCGUUGGCUUUCAUAUCGUUGAGGGCACAUAUAAAAUAUUCGAUGUACUUUGGGUUGAUAACUGGAGUAUUUUUUUGGUUGAAAUUGAUUGUAUGAAUAUAUUGACCAUUUUGGUGGUUUUUAAGCAGUUUCUAAGAUUUUUCUUCGCAAUGGACUACUAAUCCUACUUUAUUUUUUCACUUUGUUUUCUUUCUUGAAACGCCUGCUUGUAUAGCCAAGUUCUUUCUUUCGAUUGCAGAUUCAAAUGUUAGCAGAGGCAGAACCACUAUUUGGUGCUGCUGAAAUAUUUUUAGUAAGGCAAAUUGCAGGAAUGUUUCUUAUAAACAAGUAGAUUGCAGAAAAUGUGUAAAAAGAUUGUUUUGAAUAGAAAAGCAUCGAAGAGAGUGCUGUGUGUUCAUGGUAGCGGAACAUGUUUCCGAUGAGAUUUGAACUGGCACUGUUAAACUGUCAAUGCAUUUGAUAAAUAUUAUGGCAGUACUUAUUGUAAGACUUAGUCUGUGUCCUGUGGAGAAUCCAGGGACCGUUUUUUUCCCGUUG